AUGGCCGUGAACACUCAUUCUAAUUCAGAUAAAAUAUUUCCGGAGUUUCCAGAGGACAUCAUUCAGAAAAUCCUAUCUUGUGUAACUCUGAAACAAAGACCAACUGUUUCUCUUGUUUCCAAAAAAUGGCGUCAAAUAAUAGAAUCGUUGGACGACAAUCUCAAUUUAGUGCAAACACAUUCUGAAAACAUAACUUGUGGAUACUGCGGCUACUCUCAUUUGUACCCUCACGCAUCCUGUGUAUGCUCCGACACAGAUCUCUACCAUGUCGAUCCAUUUAUUAAACUUGCUGCAGACAACAUCAGUUGCAAAGAGCUUUAUUUGUUCGUACCACCUAAUUUUAGGUAUUGUGCAUCUCCCGAAAUUUUAGAUUCCAAAUUUUUAACUGUUCUCCAUAUGAAAGGAAAUUGCAACAUGAAUAUUAUUCGAGAAUUUAAUGUAAUGCCUUCAUUGAAAGAGUUAUAUUUUCAUUCUGUUUGCAUUUUUUCGCGUACCUUCUCCAAUUUUAUACCCAAAUGUCCUUACCUUGUUGAGUUAACUUUGAUAAAUUGUGACAACCUUAUUGACUUCACAGUCCCCCAUCUCAAUUAUCUCAAAAAGCUUCAUGUCAAUACUCGCAAAAAAAUUAAAAAACUUGAAGUAAAAGCUCAAAAUCUCCUCGAGUUUCACUUGUGUAGUUCAGCCUUCACCAAAAUUGAUCUGUUCGCUUCUACUAAACUACAACUCCUACAUAUAGAUUCUACAUAUGUUCCCGACUCAUUUCCUCAUGAUGUUUGCUCAACAUUCCCAUCUCUAAAAUCCUUGUCUCUUCAAUUAUGUCGAGGAAUGAAAGAAAUCAAAAUUGUGAGUCCUCUAUUGGAGAGUUUGACAUUGAAUAACCUCAUCGAUUUGGAUGAAGCAUUCAUAGCUACUCCUAAUUUACAAUUGUUCAACGUAAUAUAUAGCUUUAAAUUCCAAACUCCCUGUCCCGUAGUGGGAUCAAGGCUAAUGAAAGUUGAGAUGGGUGCUCGUGCAACCAAUAGCUUGCUUGAGUUGAGAACUUUUGCUGAAAAUUUGGGUGAAAAUAUCACGCUGUCCUUGGAAACUGACACAACUGGAGCAAAGGAAGAAGUAACAUUUCAAAGCAACCUUGAACCACUUUGUAUCAAGCAUAUAAAUUUGGUAAUACAAUCUUCAUUGAAACCGAGAUAUGAAUCAUUUCUUGCUGAAUUUUUUGGUUACUUCCAUCCGCGGACCUUAGUGGUGACAGUGAAUUCAAAUGCCCGAAAACAUGACUUUAUACAGGUCCUAAUGAAUGAGCUGGAAGGUUGGAACAGAGAUGGUACCAAACGUUACAAACGUAGUGAGUACAUGUCUUGGCACAGUGCAUUGAAAAGCUUUACAGUCCUCGGAUCAACUGCAUCUGCAAGACAAGAAAGGGAAGCCCGGUGUGACAAGUCCACACUAUGUGUGGGGUUAGGUGAAGGGUCGAGCCAGAAUGGGCUAUCAAUAGACUUACCCAACAUUUCUACAAUUACAAGUCAAGAAAGGGAAGCUUCAUACGGUAAGCUCCCUCUCUGCGCAGGGUCUGGGGAAGGACGGGAACAACAGUGCAUAUUGUUCGUAGCCUUACCCAACCUUUCUACAAUUACAAGAGAAGGCGCUCAUCAAAUCAACUUGGAGUUUGAGUGGUAA